AUGUAUGAGCGCUCGGUCACAGCCGGCGAGAUCCUCAUAAAGGAGGGCGAUACAGGCCUGGGCGCGAGCGAGCUGUACGUGGUUAAGAGCGGGGAGUUUGAGGUUCUGGAGCGGCGGCAGGGCAUAAACAUGCGGGUGAACCGCAAGGCGCGCGGCGACUGCUUUGGGGAGGUGUCCCUCAUGUACUCCUGCCCGCGCUCCGCAACCGUCGCCGCGCUGCAGGACUCCGUCGUCUGGGUCCUCGAACGCCAGGUCUUCAGGCAGUACAUGCAGGAGGUGAAGGAGACGGAGGCGUCGCAGGUGGAGCUCUUCCUGAACAGCGUGCCGCUGCUGGCGUCGCUGUCGCGCGAGGAGAAGCUGAUGCUCGUGGACGCCCUGGAGGAGCAAGUCUUCCCGGCCGGCACCUGCAUCGUCCGCCAGGGUGACCCUGGGGACCAGUUCUACAUCAUUAAAGAGGGGGAGGCGGUGGUGUACCAGCAGACGCCGCAGGGCAUGCGCACCGUCAACCGCCUCUUCAAGGCCGACUUCUUCGGCGAGCGCGCACUGCUCACUGAGGAACCCAGGGCUGCGAGCGUGGAGGCGACCACUAAGCUGAAGGUGUUUGUGCUGGCGCGCAAUCGCUUCGUGGAGAUCCUGGGGCCCCUGUACUCGCUCAUGGCGCGUGAGAAGAGCCCCGCCGUCGUCACACAGCGCCUCAUGAAGCUGCAGACCAAGGGAACGCCGACACAUCUGCCGGCGGAGGUGCUGGUGAAGCGGAAGAAGCGGCUGCGCGGGGGCGGGGAGACUUGGGAGGUGGUGCGCGCGCGAGGCCACCUUGACGAGGUCCAGGAGCUCAGAGCCUCCGUGCCGCCAGGUGAGAAGCAGCCGGCGCAGGUGGUCUUGACGGAGGGCGCCAUUCUGGGCGGGGGCGCCUUCAGCCGAGUCUCCAUCGUCACAGAGGAGACGUCUGGGCGGCAGUAUGCGAUGAAGCGCAUGCGCAAGAGCGCAGUGGUGCAGUGCCCGGAGCACGUGUUCUGCGAGCAGGCCAUCACGCGCAACACGGCGCACCCCUUCUGCCUGCGCCAGUACGCCAGCUUCCAGGACAAGCUUCAUCUCUACUUCCUGUUCGACCUCAUGCCGGGGGGCGAUCUCAUGGAUGUGCUCGUGGCCGAGGCGCGCGUCAUCAAGCGCCGCAUCGCCCAGGGCGCCUGGAAACGCGCCUGCCUUGCCCCCAAGGUGAAGAUGCUGAAAGGGAUGGACGAGGGCCUGGCGCGCUUCUACAUCGCGAGCAUAGUGCUGGCGCUGGAGUACCUGCACGACAACUCCAUCGUGUACCGCGACCUGAAGCCCGAGAACGUCUUCAUCGACAGCCAGGGCUUCGUCAAGCUCGGCGACUUCGGCUUCGCCAAGGUGCUGGAGAGCGGGAAGCGCACGUACACGUUCUGCGGGACGCCCGGGUACGUGGCGCCAGAGAAUGUGUUGGCACACGGCUACAACACAAGCGUGGACUGGUGGGGCCUGGGCGUGCUGCUCUACGUGCUGCUGACGGGGCGCCAGCCAUUCUCCUCCCCCAAGACCGACGACCCCAUGGUCGUCAUGCGCCGCAUCGUCGACGACAACUGGCGCGUCAAGUACCCGCCCUACCUCUCCGGCCAGGCCAAGGACCUGAUAUCGCGGCUGCUGGAGCGCAAGCCGACGCGGCGGCUGGGGAUGCUAAACGGGCGCGCGGCCGACAUCAAGCGCCACAAGUGGUUUGAGGGGCUCGACUGGGAGGCCCUGGAAGCGCGCAAGGUCGAGCCGCCCCGCCGCCCCCGCGACGACUCUGCCAAACGCCUGCGCGAGCUCACAGACAAUGAGAGGAAGCAGAAGCGGGAGCCGAAGGAGACGCCGGAAGAACUGCAGGAAUGCGAAAUGGUCUUUGCGGAUUUCUGA